AGGGGUGAAGGAAGAGAGAGUGAGAUACAGGGAAGAUGACAUUCUGUGGGAUAGGAUUUAUGACCAUCUGGAAGAGCAUGGCUUGAUCAAAUACAGUCAACAUGGCUUUGUGAGGGGUAAAAGUGAGCAAACUGAAAAGUAAGAUUAACUGAUAGUCACCAUGGUACUGAUUCCAGUCAUUUCCAAACUUAUUGGGAAAUGUGUGGUCCUAGCUAGUGCUUCACCACGCAGAAGACAAAUUUUGAACAAUGCUGGUCUUAGGAUUGAAGUGGUGCCUUCCUGGUUUAAUGAGACACUUGACAAAUCUUCUUUUGAAAUGCCAUACAAUUACGCAAUUGAGACUGCAAAAGAGAAAGCCCUGGAGGUGGCAAAGAGGAUGCAUUUGAAACACUUCAAGACUCCGGAUGUCGUCAUUGGAGCAGACACUAUUGUGUCCAUUGACGGUGACAUUCUCGAGAAGCCUGUAGAUAAAGAAGCUGCUCACACGAUGCUAUCAAGACUGAGCAAUAAAGAACAUAGUGUCUUCACUGGGGUUGCCAUUGUCUUCUGCAACUGCAAACUUGAUAACCAACUGGAGACCAACAUUACUGCUUUUCAUGAAGAAACAAAAGUAAAGUUUUCUGAGCUAUCUGAGGAACUUCUCUGGGAGUACAUACACAGUGGUGAGCCAAUGGACAAGGCAGGUGGAUAUGGAAUCCAGGGGCUUGGUGGAAUGCUAGUCGAGUACAUUCAUGGAGACUUUUUAAAUGUUGUUGGAUUCCCUUUGAAUCACUUUUGCAAAAAGCUGAGUGAGAUCUACAACCCGCCUGUAAUUCAUUGUGUCACAGGCCACACCAUUGCAAGUUUAGAAGGUCUCUGUGAUCUUCAGCAGGGCCCUGCAAACCCCAAAAGAAAUGGAAUAGCAGAAAAGACACAGAAUUCUGACCAAGCUGCAAUGUCAGAAAAGGUGGUGAAUAGCCCAAGCACCGAGAAGCCAAACAGAAUUCCUGAGGUCAAAGGCUUGGCGGUACUUCACCACGACCUGGUAAAUACAUCUACCAAGAGUGAGGCCAGUGUUGCCUGGCUUCAUAAAAUUGCAGACCUAAUGAAUGGCUUUAAAGCUUCAAAGGUCCUAUUCACAGCUUCAACACUCAAAGUAUUUGAUGCAUUGAGUACACAGCAUGGCUUAGACGUUUCAGAAGUUGCUCAGAGAUUAGAGACCUCAUUGGAUGGGACAAAACACCUCUUAGAUGCCUGUGUUUCCCUUCACUUGCUUGAAAAAGCCCCAGGCCCAUCACAGAUGUACAAGAACACACAACUAGCCAACACGUAUCUGGUGUCAAGUAGUGAGAACUCUCUGCAUGACUAUAUAAUUUAUGCUAAUGACCACAGUUGGCCACAUUUCACUCACCUUGCUUCAGCCAUCAAAAAAGGUACUCACGGAACACAGGCUGAUGACUUAUUUCAGAAUUCUGAACAAACACCAUCUUUUAUAUCCGCAAUCAACUGCCUUAUCAAAGUGACAGGAAAUGACACUGUCUUGGCAUUUGAUCUAUCGUCAUUUAAAACAGCUUGUGAUUUAGGAAACACAGGAGUUUUAGUGUAUGCAAUGGCGAAUGCAUAUCAAGAUAUGACAUUUGUCAUAUUUAAUCAGCCACAAAUGUUGGAAAAGAUAAAGUGUUACCGCCCGCAAGGUCAAAGUCUCUGUCAAAUUAAUUUCAGAGAAGGAGACAUCUUCAAAGACGACCUGCCAGAGGCAGAUCUCUACAUUCUCUCAAACAUUCUCCAUUGCUGGAAUGAAGACGAAUUUGAUUUCAUCUUAAGUAGGCUCUCUCAGAAGUGCAAACCAGGAUGUGGUCUUCUACUGGUUGAGCAUGUGCUGUAUGAUCAGAAGAACAUGUCCAAUAGAGCAGUGCUACAGUCCCUCAGCACAUUUGUGCAGAGUAACAGAAGACAAAGGAGUGGGUCAGAGUACAGGAAGUUCCUGCAUAAUCAUGGCUUUGCAAAUAUACAGAUGAAGCACACUGAAAUAUUUCUGGAUGCCAUUUUGUGUAUAAAGCAAUAAUCUCCUCCCUAAAAUUUACCAAUGAACAUUGGUGCUUUUUCAAAUGAGGAGCAAAAUUAACUUGUUGAUAUGUUUCCAUUAGUAGAGAUGGACAGUAAUGUUGGUCAUAAUUGUGGCAACAUUGUAGUUUAUGUAAAUGAACUUUAAUAUUAAAGUGAUUAGUUCAUGUUUACAAAAGUAGAUUUUAAAUUGCAACUUUGCAUUGUGUGCAACUUGAAUGCUAUAUCAAACUUGAAGUAAUACAUAUUACAUGUAUAAAUCAUUACGACCACCUUGAGUUGCUCAGAGUUAUCCAUUCAUGAUUUUAGAAGCAUUAUGUUGACUGCCUUGUUUGCUUAUUUGCCUCUAUCGAAAGGUGUUAAACUCCAGCCUCUGCUUGAGAAAAUAAAUGAUGUUGAGACUGCAUAGAUGGAGUGCUUCAUGGUAGGAAAUGCUUUCACAUCCAACUCAUUUAUAUAAAUGAUGAAAAGCAGUGGACCCAGCACCGAUAGACCACUGAUCUGCUGUCGUCAAUCCUGUUUGUUAUUUCAAAAAAACCCAAUCAGGUUAGUGAGACAUGAUUUCCCAUGCACUUAGCCAUCUAUCCCUAAUCAGUCCUUGCCUUUCAGGUAAAUGUAAAUGCUCCCCCUCAGAAUUCCCUUCAACAACUUGCCCACCAUCAAUGUCGGGCUCAUUGGUCUACAGUUCCUUGGUUUUUCCUCACCACCUUUCUGAAAGUGGCACCACAUUAGUCAACCUCCAGUGUUCCAGCACCCCACCUGUGGCUAUCAAUGAUAUAAAUAUCUUAGCAAGAGGCCCAGCAAUCGCUUCCCACAGACUUUUGGCGUACACCUGAUCAGGUCAUGGGGAUUUAUGUGUUUUAAAUCGUUCUGUACCACCACCCCUCUAAUAUGGAUAUUUUGCAAGAUGUUGCUAUUCGUUACCCCCCAUGUUCUAGAUCUUCCAUGUCCUCCACAAUGAACACUGAUGAAAAAUACCCAGUUGGUAUCUUCCUGAUCUCCUGUGAUACCAUACAUAGAUGACCUUGCUGAUCUUUAAAAGGUCCUAUUUCCCUAGUUACCCUUUUGUCCUUAACAUAUUUAUCAUAUCUCUUUGGAUUCUCCUUCACCCUAAUUAGCAAAGCUAUUUCAUGUUCCCUUUUUGCCCUCCUAGAUUCCUUCUGAAGUAUAGCCCUACUGCCUUGAUACUCUUCUAAGGAUUUAUGCAUUCUCUGCUGUCUAUACCUGACAUUUACUUCCUCCUUUUUCUUGACCCAAAGGCCAAUUUCUUUAAUCAUCCAUCAUUCCCUACGCCCACGAUGAUUGCCUUUCACCUUAACAGGAACAUACUGUCCCUGGACUAUUGUUAUCUCAUUUUUGAAGGUUUCCCAUUUUGCAGCCACCCAUUUAUCUGCAAACAACUGUCCCCAUCAACUUUUGAAAGGUCUCACCUGUCACCAAAAUUGGCCUUACUCCAAUUGAGAACUUUUAAAUCCAGUCAGCUAGCUUCUGGCAAGAUGGUGGUAGGGUAAGCCCCUCCAUUUGGAGCUCCACUCUGCUAGCCAGUCCUCUUUUUUUGACAUUUUUUUCUCUCUUCCUCUGUAGUAAUUCUAGCCUCCUCCACCCCGUUUUAACUAGCCAUUUAAGGAGUCAGGUAUGAACUGGGUCUUGACAGGGAACCACAUGGUGGGAACUGAAUGUGUGGGCUGUGUUUUGCAUCCAUGGCGGCAGAUCAAGAGUGCACUGGCAAGAGCGGGCCGGUGAAGCAGGAGCUGGCGAGAGCAGGCCGGUGAGGCAUCCGAGAGUGGGACUGCAGCAGUGGAAAAGAAAGUUAGAUUCGUAAGUUAUUUUUUCUCACCUCUUACUUUUAAGUUAAUGUGAAUGGCACCAUGUAUGUAGUUUUCACUGUAUUUUUGUUAAAUA